AUUUUAAGGUUUUUUUUGAAAGAAAAUGUGUAUAGAGAGUUACAAAGGGCGAUGAUGUGGACUGGACUUAACCCUGUCUUGGGUUCUAUUCCAAGACUUUAACCAACUAAAAUACGAGUACUAGACCAUCAAUAAUUUGAUUAUAGCCCUCGGUUUGGUCAUAAGAAUUGUAAUUAAGAAUAGGUGUUACUCCGUAAUAUCUUUGAUUUGCAUUCUUAAUUACUAUAAAAAUUUGAUGCUUUUAAAAUUAAGCAUUGAUAUGGAUUUUUACUAUAUCCCAUUAUUGUUUGUUUUAUUAUACUUGCAUGUAAGAAAAUUCGAUGGAAGUCUACAAACUUGGCUCACACACAAACAAAUGUAGAAAUAUUAUGAAUGGAGGGAGUAUAUGAUAUCCACUUAAUCAUAAAAGUUGGUUCGAAGUUGGUUUAUCAUCGACUUCCGUGGAGUGAGCCCGAGACACCUUUUUUGCUCGAAGUGCUCUAUGAAGAUGAUGACAUGAUUGCUAUAAAUAAGCCGUCUGGUUUGCAAGUUCUACCUGGAGGACUCUUCCAGCAGCGUACUGUUUUGACACAGUUAAAGUGGCAUGCGAACAAGAAUGGCAAUUCAUCACCAGGUCAACUUCAUCCUGUUCCUGUUCACCGUCUAGGCAGGGGCACAUCAGGUGUAUUGCUUUGUGCAAAGACGAAGAGUGCUAAGGCUCGCCUUGCUGCAUAUUUUGCUGACGGGACAUCAUUGGUGAGAGGAAAAAGAGAGAUAGACUCAGAGAAUGAAGUAGAACGAAGGAUAACCAAAACAUAUCGGGCACUAGUCAAGGGGAUUAUAGACACGAAUGAGGUUCUGAUCAACAAGCCAAUUGGAAUUAUACGAUAUCCUGGGGUUGCUAAGGGUCUAUAUGUUGCACUGCCCUCAGGUAAACCAGCCCUAAGCAAAGUCAGGGUUCUUGAAAGAGAUCUUGAGAAAGACCAGUCACUGGUGCAGGUUGAGAUACAGUCAGGAAGGCCUCACCAAAUACGUAUUCAUCUAUCCCUGAUAGGGUAUCCACUGUUAGAUGAUCCUCUCUAUGUUGCUGGUGGUCAACCAGAGUGUUUUGAUUCGGAGCUUGUUGAGGAGGACUUUGCAGAAGAUGGAGGGUAUCAACGGCCUACAAAACCUGUUCCCGGGGACUGUGGGUAUCACUUGCACGCACAUGAAGUGAUUCUAUCCCACCCUACUUCAAAUGAGGUUCUGAGGAUCAUUGCACCACUACCAUCUAUGCUAAAAUUAAAGGAAGAGUAGUUGAGGAAGUCGCUGACAAUUUUGUUUUAUCGGUUUAAUGUGUUGUACCCUAUUAAAUGUACUAGUAAGUGCAAUAUUUUGUUUAAUUAUUUGAUCUUUAGUCGAUGUACCCCUUCAAAUUCUCUAAUCAAAGUUGAUUAAAUGGAUGAUUCAAUUAAUAGCUGAAA